GCCCUCCAUCCCCACAGCCAGGUCACGGAGAGGACGCCAUGACCCCCAGCCUCACGGCCCUGCUCUGCCUGGGGCUGAGUGUGGGCCCCGGGACCCCAGAGCAGGCAGGGGCCCUGCCCAAACCCACCCUCUGGGCUGAGCCAGGCUCUCUGAUCCCCUUGGACGACCCUGUGACCAUCUGGUGUCAGGGAGCCCGGGGGGCCAAGGAGUUCCGUCUGUAUAGAGAGGGAAGCUCAGGCUCCUGGAACGGACCGAUGACAAAGGAGUCCAGGGAUAAGGCCCAGUUGCCCAUCCCAUACCUGACAGAGCACUAUGCAGGGAGAUAUCACUGUGUCUAUCUUACCUCUGCUGGCUGGUCAGAGCGCAGUGACCCCCUGGAGCUGAUGGUGCUGGCAAGAUCUUACUACAGACCCAGCCUCUCAGCCCUGCCAAGCCCCAUGGUGACCUCAGGAGGGAACGUGACCCUCCAGUGUGGCUCAGGCCAGGGGUUUGACAGGUUCCGCCUGACUGAGGAAGAACACAAUUCCUCCUGGACCCUGGACUCACAGCGACUCCCCAGUGGGCAGUUCCAGGCCCUGUUCCCUGUGGGCCCCGUGACCGCCAGUCACAGGUGGCUGUUCAGGUGCUAUGGCUAUUGCAACAACACCCCCCAGAUAUGGUCACUCCCCAGUGAGCCCCUGGAGCUCCUAGUCUCAGGUGAGGAGCGCUACCACAGAUGCCCUAGGGUCUGAGUCAGGCCCAGUAGAGGCCUGGGUGUCACACAGAGGACAGGAGCUCAGAAAUUCUGGGACAUGGGGACAGUCUCAGAGUCACACAGACACUACAGAUUCCUGCGGGAAGGUAAGGGAGUAGGGAGGACCCACCCC